AUGAGACUCAUCACAUUCAUUGGACUAGUCACUGCUGUGGCCGGCCAGUUUACAUGCAUCAAGCCUGUCAACCCGAUCCCCGCAGGCCCCCCAGGUCUAUGCUGCCAAACGCUGAAUGAGUACCCUAUUUUAUCAUUCGUCUACGUCGGAAAUGAUUGUACACAUGCGGACCUGCUGAGCACCGCCGAAGAUGGAGAAACGACGUAUAGCUCAUGCGAUGCUGGUCAACAUGCCGCAUGCUGCGACCCGGUUUUGACAGAGCUUGAGAAAACAAGCAACAUUGCCUGCGUUCUGCCAGAGUAA